AUGUGUGUACACUUGUGUAAUUACGUGUGUAAUGAGCCCCGGUGUGCAGUGGCCGGGGAAAGGGUGCAGCCCGACAAGGCCCUGCCCACCCAGCGCAGCCUGUCCAGCUGCGGAGACCGGAGCAGAGGUGCCCUGGGGGGGGACAGAGGAAGUCGUAAACGGGCAGCUGAGGCUCACCUCGACCACCACCGCCUUCAGCUGGCACGGGGUCCGCACUGGGCCGGGCAGCCCCCUCCUGAUCUGGACAGGACCUGGUCCCUGGCUGGACGGCCGGGGCUGCUGGAGCCCAGGGCCACCCCCUCUCUGCCCCCUGCCUGGCCCAUCCAUCUCCCCGCGGCCAUGGCUGCCACGCUGCCUCCUGGUAUUGAGCAGCAAGAUGAGAAGUCCACCCACGUGGGGGCCCGACAAGCCCAGCCUGUGGCCGGCCCCGCACUGCACAGUCUGAGCAGGUGGCCUGGGGAAGGGGCCCGCAACCCCCAGAGCCAGACCCCACCUGAAGGGACAAAGUGCCCAGCUCAGGGUGGGAGACCUGGAGACGUGGACAGAGAGCGAUCGAGAGGCAAGCCGGGGCCCCCUUGGGCGGUGGCUGCAGCUGACCAGGGCUUCUCCAGGAUCCAGACGUCUGGGCUGUCCCCAUGGCAGGGACCUCUGGGGGAGGCAGACCUGAGGCGGCCCAGCCCUCUCGGCAGCUCCAGGAGGGACCCUCCCACGGUCCCACAGGCCUUCCUCUCUGCCAGCCUCAGUGUCCUCACAGCUUCAGAGCCCUACGCCCUGCCCGGGGCCAGCUCCAGCUGGGAGCCCCUGCUGAGGACGCCGUCCCCCCCGGGCCCUUGCGCUGGCUCCACCGGGGCACAGGCUGUGGCCGAGCCCACCAGGCAGGGCCCCAAGAACCCGCACGUGUCUGGAGUGACAGUUCAGCUGGAGAUGAAGGCGCUGUGGGAGGAAUUCAACCAGCUGGGCAUUGAAAUGAUUGUCACCAAGGCGGGCAGGAGGAUGUUCCCCACCUUCCAGGUGAGGAUCCUGGGCAUGGACAGGCUGGCUGACUACGCCCUGCUCAUGGACUUUGUCCCCCUGGAUGACAAGAGAUACAGGUAUGCCUUCCACAGCUCGGCCUGGCUGGUGGCGGGCAAGGCGGACCCUGCCGCUCCCGGCCGCGUACACUUCCACCCCGACUCGCCGGCCAAGGGUGCACAGUGGAUGCGCCAGAUCGUGUCCUUUGACAAGCUCAAGCUGACCAACAACCUGCUGGACGAUAACGGCCACAUCAUUCUCAGCUCCAUGCACCGCUACCAGCCCCGUUUCCACGUGGUCUUCAUGGACCCCCGCAAGGACAGCGAGCGCUACGCCCAGGAGAACUUCAAGUCCUUCGUCUUCGCGGAGACCCAGUUCACGGCUGUGACGGCUUAUCAGAACCACCGGAUCACCCAGCUGAAAAUCGCCAGCAACCCUUUCGCCAAGGGCUUUAGGGAGAGUGACCCAGAAUCCUGGCCGGUGUCCCCACGGCCCCUGCUCAGCACCCGGAGCCGCAGCACCCUCAGUCCCUGCCUGCUGAAGGGCCCCACCGAGCAGGAGAAAGACCCCAACAAAGGUCCAGCCUCCACCUCCAGGACCCCUGCCCAUCUCCACCAUCAGCUGCUGACCCCCCAGGAGGCCCUACUGGACCUGUCCACCUACCGGCCCCCCACGUACCAGAGCCUGUGCCCUGGGGUCCCAAGGACCCGACCAGCACCGUACCCCCUCCCCAACGUCCAGGCUGACAGGGAUCAGGGGGGCCUGCCCCACCCACCUCCCAGGGCUGGGCUGGGACUCCUGUUCCCCAACACCGGGUGCCUGGGGCCUGGCCAGGGCCCCCUGUGA